GUAUGCUGAGGUAUACCUCACCACUGUUUGUCCCUGUCCCCCACUGCCGUGGAAAAUUGGGACGUAAAAGAAUGCCCACUACUGAAGUGAAUGGCAUUCUGGAAAGGACAGGCAUCUUGCUCACUAAGCCUUGUGACAAGACUGGUUACUCUGAAAACUCUACCGCUGUAUAGCUUAACGCGCUUGAGAACCACACUGGGUCCCGUUAGAUGUGACCACAUCGCGUCAAAAAAGAUGGGCUUUUGCAUUUAUAAAAUACUUGGUUAUUAUCAAUGCCAUAGUAAUCAAAUAAUAAUUAAGGCGUAUUAUUAUGUAUCGAUAUGGGUGUAAGGCGAACGGUUAUGCACUAGCUUCCCUUUUUGGACCACUUCGCCCGUUGAUCGGAUUGGAUGGACCAAGCAUAUAUGCAUAGGAAAU